AUGACUUCUGGUCCCAUGACACAGCAUGCCAUGGCAUUCACUGUGGCAGAGGAGAUCAGGAAAUUCAACCCCGGCAUCCGUUUGAUUGCGCAAAACCCUGGAUAUAGGGACUGCACAUUCGAAGUCAAAGGACAGUUUGGAGCUGGAGCUUUCGUGGACGUUGAUGAUGAGUCUCUCGUUAUUUCAGCAUAUGCCUCGGCGCCGGUUAGAGAAAUCAUCGCGGACAUUGCUAAACCAGCUAUGAUUAUCGCGACCUUCUGGGACAGCGGUAUUGUGGCGGAUGAGAAGAGCAAGCCGUUCCUUGACGCGGACUCUCCCCGAACCAUGGAGAUGUGGGAGUCCUAUGAAAGAACAGAGUUCCCAGUAUCAAAUAUGGAACGUGAGCUGCUGGAAUUCGGCACCCAUUUGGAAGUGUCUCUCUUUUCUCGGAAAUGA